CAUCAUUGGACGGUAGUGUUCUGCGCAGUGCUGGGUUUGGAUAUCUUUGCACCUUUAACUUCUUAUAUAUAUUAAAUUUUAUUUGAGAUUUGGUGUGGAAUGGUGUGGAAAAACACUUUACAUGUGCUCAUUCUUUAUUUCGUGUUGUGGGAUAGCCAAAUAAUAAUAGUCUAGUAUUUAUAAAAAAAGACAAUAGAGUCAAUAAAAAUUUCUUAAUCUGUGAAAUGCUUUGACCAAAAAUAUAUCCAAAAGAUUAAUGAAUAAUUGAAGCAUUGAAAAAGUUUUCUCAAUGUGUUGGUUACAACAAAUUCCUAUGAGUUACACAAAUAGAUAUGAUUUUAUUAUAUACCAUUAAAUUUUUAACCAAUUGACAGUUAGAAGAAAUCACGUUCAUCAUCCGUCAUUCUAAGGAUUAAAGGUCAGUAAGGGAUAAACGAAACACUCCACGAAGCAUUGGUAACCAUUGACAAUGUAUAGCUAAAAUGUAUUUUAUCAAGUGUUGAAAAUUGUUAUAAAAUGCAGUCCAUUUAUUGGACUGGGAGACUUCUCUCAAGGGCACUUUGGAAUGGUAUAUCAAAUUAUUCUUCAUGUGCGGAUCCAGCAAUUGUAAAAAAGCGAGAAGCAUCCUUAGUAUCAGCAGUAUGUGGGUUUCCCAAGGAUUUAGCGAGGGGACGAAUGAAGAAAGGACAGUUUGGAGAUGAUGCUUGGUUCACUGCUAAAUUCAAAGCUAUUGAAGUUAUUGGUGUUGCAGAUGGUGUAGGUGGUUGGCGUCAUUAUGGUAUUGACCCAGGUGAAUUCUCUAGUUCCUUAAUGAAGACUUGCGAACGUCUAGUCUCAUUAGGCAAAUUUGUACCUUCUGAACCAGCAGGUUUAUUAGCAAAAAGUUAUUAUGAAUUGUUGGAAGACAAACAAACAAUUCUAGGUAGCAGUACUGCAUGUGUAAUCGUGCUUAACAAAGAAACUAGCAGUAUUUAUGCUGCGAAUAUCGGGGAUAGCGGUUUUGUCGUAGUACGAAAAGGCAAAGUCGUUCAUCGUUCGCUGGAACAGCAACAUUACUUUAAUACUCCAUUUCAAUUGUCAUUACCACCGCCAGGACAUUCAGAUUUAGUUUUAAGUGACAGUCCGGAGUCAGCAGACACAUCUUCUUUUGGCGUAGAAGACGGAGAUGUAAUUCUUUUAGCAACAGAUGGUGUUUUUGACAAUAUUCCUGACCAAUUGCUAGUCACACAAAUGCAAAAAAUUGAGGGUGAAAAGGAUCCUACUAAAAUCCAAGGGGUAGCUAAUACAAUUGCUUGGAUGGCGCGAAGUCUUGCUUUCGACGCAGCUUUUUUAUCGCCAUUUGCUCAAAAUGCUAGAGAAAAUGGAAUUGAUGCCAUAGGCGGUAAGCCAGAUGAUAUCACGGUGCUUUUAGCUACAGUGGCGAUGUAAUUAAUUGACUCUUUGUACGUACAUAAUAGUUUUCUUUCUGUCAGUACACACUUUAUCUUCAUUGUAUUAUAGCUCAUAUACAAUACAUAUAUAAUAUGGAUUA